CAGGCGGGUCAGCUCUGCAGCACGAACCCACCUCUAGCCGCAGCCGCCGCCCGGGCCGAGGAGCAGCCGCAGUAGCCGCUACUAGUGGCCGUGUGAGCGGAGCCAAGUGUGAGCCAGCACCCAGAGCUGAAUCGGGGCCCUCAGGAUGAGUUCCUCGCCUGUUAAUGUUAAAAAGCUAAAGGUGUCGGAGCUGAAAGAGGAGCUCAAGAAGCGGCGCCUUUCCGACAAGGGCCUCAAGGCCGAACUCAUGGAGCGACUCCAGGCCGCGCUGGACGACGAGGAGGCCGGGGGCCGCCCCGCUAUGGAGCCCGGGAACGGCAGCCUAGACCUGGGCGGGGAUUCCGCCGGGCGCUCAGGAGCAGGCCUCGAGCAAGAGGCCGCGACCGCUGGUGACGAAGAGGAGGAGGAGGAGGAAGACGAGGAGGAGGGAAUCUCCGCCCUGGAUGGCGACCAGAUGGAGACAGGGGAGGAGAACGGGGCCGCGGGGGCGGCCGACUCGGCCCGUAUGGAGGAAGAGGCCGCCUCGGAAGACGAGAACGGCGACGAUCAGGGUUUCCAAGAAGGGGAGGAUGAGCUCGGAGACGAAGAGGAAGGCGCGGGCGACGAAAACGGCCACGGGGAGCAGCAGCCUCAACCGCCGGCGACGCCGCAACAACAGCCCUCCCAGCAGCGCGGAGCCGCCAAGGAGGCCGCGGGGAAGAGCAGCGGCCCCACCUCGCUAUUCGCGGUGACGGUGGCGCCGCCCGGGGCGAGGCAGGGCCAGCAGGCGGGAGGGGACGGCAAAACAGAGCAGAAAGGCGGAGAUAAAAAGAGAGGGGUGAAAAGACCUCGAGAAGAUCAUGGUCGCGGAUAUUUUGAAUAUAUUGAAGAGAACAAGUACAGCAGAGCCAAGUCUCCGCAGCCCCCUGUUGAAGAGGAAGACGAGCAUUUCGAUGACUCGGUGGUUUGUCUUGAUACUUAUAAUUGUGAUCUACAUUUUAAAAUAUCAAGAGAUCGCCUCAGUGCUUCUUCCCUUACCAUGGAGAGUUUUGCUUUUCUUUGGGCUGGAGGAAGGGCUUCUUACGGUGUUUCGAAAGGCAAAGUCUGUUUUGAGAUGAAGGUUACAGAGAAGAUCCCAGUAAGACAUUUAUAUACAAAAGAUAUUGACAUACAUGAAGUUCGAAUUGGCUGGUCACUAACCACAAGUGGAAUGUUACUUGGUGAAGAAGAAUUUUCUUAUGGGUAUUCGCUGAAAGGAAUAAAAACAUGCAACUGUGAGACUGAAGAUUAUGGAGAGAAGUUUGAUGAAAACGAUGUGAUUACUUGUUUUGCUAACUUUGAAAGUGAUGAAAUAGAGCUCUCCUAUGCUAAGAAUGGACAAGAUCUUGGUGUUGCCUUCAAAAUCAGUAAGGAAGUUCUUGCUGGACGACCACUCUUUCCACAUGUCCUCUGCCACAACUGUGCAGUUGAAUUUAAUUUUGGUCAGAAGGAAAAGCCAUAUUUCCCAAUACCAGAAGACUAUACUUUUAUCCAGAGUGUUCCUUUAGAGGAUCGAGUCAGAGGACCAAAGGGGCCUGAAGAGAAGAAAGAUUGUGAAGUUGUAAUGAUGAUUGGCUUGCCAGGAGCAGGAAAAACUACUUGGGUUACUAAACAUGCAGCUGAAAACCCUGGUAAAUACAACAUUCUUGGGACAAACACCAUUAUGGAUAAAAUGAUGGUAGCAGGUUUUAAGAAGCAAAUGGCAGAUACUGGAAAACUGAACACACUAUUGCAGAGAGCCCCACAGUGUCUUGGCAAAUUUAUUGAGAUUGCUGCCCGUAAGAAGAGAAAUUUCAUUUUGGAUCAGACAAAUGUUUCUGCUGCUGCCCAGAGGAGAAAAAUGUGCCUCUUUGCAGGCUUCCAACGGAAAGCAGUUGUAGUUUGCCCAAAAGACGAAGACUAUAAACAAAGAACACAGAAGAAAGCAGAAGUAGAAGGAAAAGACCUUCCAGAACAUGCAGUUCUCAAAAUGAAAGGAAACUUUACUCUGCCAGAAGUAGCUGAGUGCUUUGAUGAAAUAACCUAUGUUGAACUUCAGAAAGAGGAAGCCCAGAAACUUUUGGAGCAAUAUAAGGAGGAAAGCAAAAAGGCUCUCCCACCAGAAAAGAAACAAAAUACUGGCUCAAAGAAGAGCAAUAAAAAUAAGAGUGGCAAGAACCAGUUUAAUAGAGGUGGUGGCCAUAGAGGACGUGGAGGAUUCAAUAUGCGUGGCGGAAAUUUCAGAGGUGGAGCUCCUGGGAAUCGUGGUGGAUAUAACCGGAGGGGCAAUAUGCCACAAAGAGGUGGUGGCGGUGGUGGAAGUGGUGGAAUCGGGUAUCCAUACCCCCGAGGCCCGGUUUUCCCCAGCCGAGGCGGUUAUUCAAACAGAGGGAACUACAACAGAGGUGGAAUGCCCAACAGAGGCAACUACAACCAGAACUUCAGAGGACGAGGAAACAAUCGUGGCUAUAAAAAUCAAUCUCAGGGCUACAACCAGUGGCAGCAGGGUCAAUUCUGGGGUCAGAAGCCAUGGAGUCAGCAUUAUCACCAAGGAUAUUAUUGAAUACCCAAAUAAAACGAACUGAUACAUAUUUCUCCAAAACCUUCA